AUGGCAACCAAGGCGGCACUCGCAGCAGCUCUCCUCAUGGCCCUGGUGGCUCUUGCCACCGCCACCACCUUCACCACCUCCUUCGACGAAGAGGCCAGCGAUAACUACCAGCAAUGCAGGCAGCAGGUGCAGGGGCGUCGAUUCAACUCCUGCCAGCGCUUCUUGCAGCAGAGGAGCACCCCGUACUCGAAUGAGGACGAGGACGAGGAGGUCCUCGACUCCUACCAGCCGUCGUCGUCCCUUCAAGCCUGCUGCCGGGAGCUGAAGCAAAUGGACCGCCAGCAAUGCGGCUGCGAGGCCAUCAGGCAGGCCGUCAAGCAGGCGCAGCAGAGCACCCGCCGCUACCAAACCGGCCAAUCCGAGCAGGUCUACCAGCAGGCACGCGCCCUCCCGCGCCGAUGUGGCCUUCGCGAGCAACAAUGCCGCUUCCGCCUCCUCUUCGUUUGAGGAAAUAGAUCAAGUGCCAAUUUCCUGUGUUUUCCCCUUCCAAAUAAAUGUGAUGCAAGGAUAAAAUUUCCGUA